AUGGUGGACAGCGAGUGUGAUAAGAGAAAACCGGCUGACGAAGAGGCGCUAUUCGGAAAACGCAAGCACUAUCACAGAGGAGGGGGACGGCUGCGCGGGCACGUAGAAAGCCUUGGUUGUUGCGGGGACGCUCACAGUGCGCCGCAGCAGCUUUUUCCGAUGCGUCUCUGCUCUCCUUUCCCGCAUCAACAAGGGGUGGACCUGGAAACACAGGGCAGGAGUCACAGUGCAGGGUCGGGGGAGGAGGAGAGGAAGAAAGAGAGGAAGAAAUACGCAGUUUUGUAUAAAUCCGAAGAAUGUGAAAAGGAUUUCAGCAGAAGUACACACACCCCAGAGAGUGACAUGCAGGACGAGGAGCUGGGCAGCGAGGAGAGCAGCAGUGGCCUUCCGGGCUCAGGGGACGGGGACUUAGGCCACCAAGAAGAAGGUGACUCAGUGACUCGAAGUUCAACCCCGGGGAGUCAGCAGCAACAAGGGCAGCCCGAUCAGAGCCAGGCCAAGCCUAAGAGGAAACGCAGUGGUUCAGAUUCCAAGUCAGGCAAACCCCGGCGAGCCCGGACAGCCUUCACCUACGAACAGCUAGUAGCUCUGGAGAAUAAAUUCAAGUCCACCCGCUAUCUGUCCGUCUGCGAGAGGCUGAAUCUGGCUCUUUCACUCAGUCUGACGGAGACACAGGUGAAAAUCUGGUUCCAGAACCGCCGGACCAAGUGGAAGAAGCAAAACCCUGGCGCAGAUACCAGCGCCCCGACAGGGGGCGGUGGCGGAGGAGGACCAGGGAGCGGGCUUAGCGGUGGUUUGAGUCAACUGAGCCCUUCUCCUCCAAUAGGAGGCCAGCUGUCAAUGCACACCGGUUACCCGGGUCACGGACCAGGCGGGCUGGUCUGCACUGCCCAGUUGCCCUUCCUGUCAAGCCACGCAGUCCUGUCCCCUUUUGUUUUGGGAUCACAAGCUUACGGGGCGCCGGCGUUUUAUACUUCGCACUUGUAA